AUGAGCAUUAGGCCGAAAGGGGAGGAAAAUGGACAAGGCCGCGAUGCAGACCAGAGGCAGAAGCUGAUCCAAGAUACUGAGGCGUCUCUUUCGGCGUGGUCAGAUGGCGAAGCCGUUGUUGCGUACGGAGUACGGCUGGGUCUUCGUAUUUUGAUGGGCUCCCGUGGAGAUCGGUAUCUUAUCGGAGCUAUCUGCCAGGGCGCGAGGCUGAUGCCGUCACAUUGCAGGCCAUUUCCAGGCUAUUACAGCGAGUACCAUGAGCCACAGGGAGCCACAGGUGGCCUGGUGUGCUGGUGCGGCGUGAUUGGCCAGCCUUGCGAAGAGGAGUGGAGCGAGGCCUAUAUUUUCCGCUGGCAAUCACCAAGUAGUCUCAACAGUACUGGAAGCUACCGGCCAAAGGAACAAAAAGGGGCAAAGACACCGCAUCAACGACCCGACUCUAGCGACUGGCGCCGCGUUCCCCGGCAACCGAAUAUCAAGAAGAGCAGGAAGCCAGGCAGAGCGAGGAUCUGCCGAGACCGUGCUGAUCUUCCCACCCGACCGGAUCGCAAAGAAAGGCAUCCGAUCCUUUGUAGCCACGUCACCGAUUCCGACAGCUACCAGCUACUCCAUACCGAUUCCGAGCCGGACACGACCGCCAUGAUCCACUCGACGCAGAUCGCCCGGCUCGACGGGCUCAUGCUCUGCGCGUCGGUCGACGACGAUGCCACGGAGUCGUCGCUUACCGAGGUCAAGUCGCAGGUCAAGCUGAUCCUGCGGCGGCUCAACCGCAACGCGGAGCCGCAGGCGUCGAUCGAGGCGGCGGCCAACCUCGUGAUCCACUACCUGAUCCAGGACGAGGUGGUGUACUUUUGCAUCUGCGACCGGGCGUAUCCGCGCAAGCUCGCGUUCACGUACCUGGCCGACAUCGCGGCCGAGUUCGCGACAACAUACCCGGCCGCUCAGCGCAUCAGCCCAACACUGCGGCCGUACGCCUUUAUGGAGUUUGACACGUUCAUCGGCCGCACCAAGCAGACGUACAGCGACGCGCGCGCGUCGCAGAACCUUGACAAGCUCAACGACGAGCUGCGCGACGUCACCCAGGUCAUGACCAAGAACAUCGAGGACCUGCUGUACCGCGGCGACAGCCUCGAGCGCAUGGGCGAGCUCAGCAGCCGUCUGCGCGACGAUAGCAAAAAGUACCGCCGCGCGGCCGUCAAGAUCAACUGGGACCUCCUGCUCAAGCAGUACGGCCCCUUUGCCGGCCUUUUCUUCUUCAUCCUCUUCUUCCUCUGGUGGCGCUUCUUCUGA